AUGGCUGGAUCGGAUAGUUGCCACAUAACUUUAAUUGAUGGAUCUACCAUGGAGGGUGGUGGUCAAAUCCUGCGUAAUGCUGUUUCAAUAGCAGCAAUAACAAAAAAACCAAUUGAAGUAUAUAGCAUUCGUGCUGGCCGACAAAAGCCGGGUCUCAAAAGUCAACAUCUAGCUGCUUUAGAACUUACUGGAAAAGUGUGUUGUGGUCAUUUAUCGUCUUGUUCAGUUGGAUCUACGAAAAUUCGGUUAGUGCCUGGUCAAAUUUCCCCCGGUUUUUAUGAAGCUGAUGCGAAAACAGCAGGGUCUGUGUCUCUAAUGCUACAAGCUGUAGCGCCAGUAUUAGUAUUUGCUCCUAGUCGGAGUGAAUUGUUGUUGCGUGGUGGUACGGAUGCAUUGUUUGCACCUCCGAUCAACUAUAUGGUUGAAGUAACAUCACAUUACUUCAGAAAAAUGGGUCUAAUUUAUGAGGUGGACAUUGUUCGACGAGGCUUUUAUCCACUAGGUGGUGGGAUUGUCAAAGUAAUAUUUUCACCCCUGAAAGAACCAAUCUAUCCCAUUUUGUUGCUAAAUUCAGGAACCGUUGAGGCAGUUGGUGGUUAUGCUUUCGUAGCAGGAAGAGUUCCACUGAAGGUUGCUUAUGAAAUGAAAGAUGAAGCAUUAAGUUGUUUCAGCAAUUAUUUCUCGUGUCCUAUAAGUAUUGAAUCAUUUCAAGAAAGUGGUAAUCGUUGUAAAGGUGAUGUUGCGGCAUUUAUGUUCAUUAUGCAUACUUCAACAGACUGUCGGCUGGCCGUCUCUGGGAUUAUUAGUCCUCGAGAUCAUAAUCACAGGGACCGGGUCUCAGAAGCCUGUCGGUCACUUUAUAAUUACUCCAAAAUCGGAACAUGUGUCGAUGAUUAUAUGCAGGACCAGCUUAUAAUUCUUAUGGCAUUGGCUAAAGGAAAAUCACAAAUACGAUGUGGACCGUUGACAUUGCAUACCAAAACUGCAAUAUAUGUUGCAGAACAUUUACUUGAUGUUCAAUUCGAAGUAGUCACGUCAAAUGAUGGGUCUUCAAUCAUAUCAUGCGAUGGUGUCGGAUAUACACCCAAACAUUUGAAAAAUUCAUGUUCAUAA